AUGGCUGCUUCGUCGUCUACACCACUCCCGACCACCGUUGCCCCAAGGGACACGCAGCAAUAUGCCCUUAGCACCGGCUCUCGCCCGUACCGGUCACACAAAGUCCGGGCCUGUGAUCUGUGUCGAAAGCGCAAAUCACGCUGCACGGUCGACCUGCCUGGCCAGUCAUGCUUGCUGUGCAGAGUUCAAGGCGCCGAUUGCCACUAUGGCGAAGACAAGUCCAGCCUGAUGGACGCGCCGUCAUCGGCUAUCAGCAGCGACACCAAACCCUGGAGCAUGCCUCCCGAUACCAAGGGGCUAAAAAGGACGCACGAUGAUAUGAGUACGGCGUCCCCGGCUCGAAAUCUUAUGGAAAUCCCGCGCAUGCUCUCCAAGGAAAACCAUUCCUCGACCAACCAUAAAUCAGAGCACGAGCAAGGCUAUCGACAUGGACCAGGGGAAUCAGUACAUAUUGUUGGUCCUGUUGCGGCUGCCGAUGCUCAAGUUAUCGAGCGUUAUACAGAACGAUCGAAUAAUCACAGCCCGGAUAGAAAGACGCCAUAUAACGUUUAUUCCAACGAUCCAAGGAAACCAAUCCUUUACACAACCGUAUCAAGACGACGGCAGGGACUUAGAACGGCGGGGGUUCCGGGAGAAACCCAAAAGGAAAUCAUCGAACAGAUCAUUGGCCCUUUUAAACACGAUCUAAUCAAGAUAUUCCUGGAUAAAAUUAAUGCUUCCUUUCCGAUAUUCGACGAAGAAGCAUUUUUGAGCGGAUAUGAGGCUCAAGAUGACAGCGUUCCACCACCGUUGCUUUGCCAGGUGUAUGCAACGUCACUCAUCUAUUGGAACCAAUCUCCAGUCCUCGCUCCACAUCCAAAGCCUGACGUCAGAUAUGCCGUCAAUAUGGCCGUAGUUGCACUUCACGAAGAGUUUUCUGCUCCGGGACUGUCGACAUUGAGUGCUGCUUUGAUCGACCUAACGGGCAGACCUAUCUUCUCCACUACAGGAAAUGCCAUAAACAGCGGCCGUACUGUAGCUCUCUCUCACUGUCUGGGCCUCAACAGGGACCCAAGUAACUGGAAACUGUCCCGUGCAGAGAAGAAUCAACGUAUCCGGCUCUGGUGGGGCGUUGUCAUCCAUGAUAAAUGGGCGAGUUAUGGACAUGGAGUUCCUCCACAGAUCUCCCGGAAUCAAUAUGAUGUUCCCCUCCCCACAAUUAGUGUUCUUGUACCACAAGCAAACCCCACGCAGCAAAGAGUCAGGGCUGCACAUUGUUAUAUCGCCUUGUGCCAGUUGACUGAGAUUCUCGGAGACCUCCUCCCACUAGUAUAUGGCCUUCAACCGAAACCUUCCAAGGAGACAUCAAAAAUCCUUAGAAGAAUGAGGUCGGAUUUGGACAGGUGGGAGGAUUCUCUUCCGGACUGGCUAAGGGUGCCACAAGAUCAAGACGCCCCAUCAACAUCGGGUUCCAGCAGCAUGCAGCUAGCAUUUCUGGCGCUAAAAAUGCUGGUUUGCAGGGUUGAACUCCAAGAGGAAUGGCUACAGGAAGUAAGUCCAUCUGACAACCCGAACGCAGAGGCUCGCCGAUACUUCCAGACGGAAUGUAGGAAGGCAGCGGAGGAAAUCGUUCAGUUCAUGAUAUCGUUGAGGAAACCGCAAUAUCAAGAGUUCUGGAUGUCUUACAGUUCAUACCAUCUGACGUCGACAGCGACCCUCCUUGUUCGGUCUGCAUUGGAGACAUCAGACCCAGAGAUUGCUCGAUCCUGUCUCAACAACGUCAGCAUUCUCCGUGGUGUCCUAGAAAAGGCGCGAUCUGAAAAUGACUGGGAUGUCGGUGACAUGUGUCUCGACCACUGCGAGAAGAUACUCAGCAAACAUACCACUGAAGAAGUAGUGCAAGCUUCAGAGCUUAAUAGAAAUAACGCCAUAAACCAUCACAGUACCGACGCCCCUGAAGCAGCGGCGAUGACGCCGUAUGAUCGAACGACACACAACGACAUAGUUGACGACAUGAUGUCGAUAUCUGGCACGUUCGGAACGAUGGAUGGUUUCCCGUUUGAUAUGACUGGAAUUUGGGACGUAUCGGGCAUACAGGAUCAGGAUGCGAGCUUCAUGAAUAUGACUGCUCUGCAGUGA